UUAUCGAGAAUGCUAUGUGUUUUCGAAACUUUUCGUUUUGAGGGAGAGACACAAAUAUAGUUAUGGUAAGUGGACUGUAUUUUCGCUGUUUGUCUGACAUCGAUGUUUAGCGUUUGUUUGACUGAAAGGACGGAGUAAAAUUAUCUAAACACCGGUCUAUCAGCGAGAGAGGAAAACAUGAAAACAAAACACGAGUGAUGCAUUGAUCUCGAUGUUUCCAUGUUCGGUUCUUUUCAUCGCGAGUUUCCUUCAUGUAAAUGACAUGGCAGAUAUCCUGUACGGGGAGAUAAAUAUAAAGGGGAGAUAACCACCGGCCAUCAUGAUGUCCCGGAGUCUGCGGCGUAAAGGGACCAAUUUGUUGUUGUUUGUGUACCUGUGUCUGUGGCUGUUUGCGUUGUUCAACUACAAAAGUCACUGUAUCUUCACCAUGCCUGACACGCUGCUCCGGAUGUCCCAGAUCGGUGGCAGUGAUGAGGGCAAGUGUAAAGUCGACUUUGAUGAACUAGAGAUUGCCAAAGUAGAUAUAUUUGAAGAGCCAGCAGUUGAAGAUAUUGUGGCAAGGAAUCCCAGUGUACAGAAAGGUGGCUGGUGGAAGCCGAAGGAGUGCAGUUCCUGGCAGAAAGUGGCCAUCAUCAUUCCAUACAGAGACAGGUGGCAGCACCUGAAGAAGCUCCUCCACCGACUUCACCCCAUGCUGAAGAGGCAACAGAUCCACUACCAGGUCUUCGUCAUUGAACAGAGAGGAAGUGACAAAUUCAACCGUGGUAAACUGAUGAAUGUUGGUUUUCUGGAAGCGAUGGCGUAUGACGAGUUUGAUUGUUUUGUGCUGCAUGAUGUGGAUCUGAUCCCGGAACACGACAAGAACUACUACAUGUGUGACCAGCAUGCACGGCACCUCGCGUCCGCCAUCGAUGAGAUGCGAUACCACGUCAUGUACUACUACUAUGCUGGGGGAGUGAUUGCCCUCAACCGGGAGAACUUCAAGAGGAUCAAUGGCUACAGCAACUCCUACUGGGGCUGGGGCAACGAGGACGAUGACCUGUCUGCAAGGAUCCAGGAUUCGGGGCUGCUGCUCACUCGGCCACCAGAACACAUAGGCAGAUUCAAGAUGGUUCGUCAUCACAAGGCAUCCCGUGCUGAGAAUGGUAAUAAAAGAUUUUUUGGCUGGCGAGCACGAUGGCCAAAGGAUGGUCUGAAUGACCCAGUGGGGAUGAACUACACGGUGAUGAAAACGUCCGUCGAACAUCUGUAUACCAACAUCACCGUGAACAUAGGCUACCCGCCGCCUGAUCUACAGACCAGGUUCGAGAACGGCCCCAAGGAAACAUUGCUGUGGUUUUUAAAGUUCUACUACCCCUGAGAUGUUGUUAUGAAGAACACAUGUGGAGGACAACAGGCACCUGUGUGGCCCCCAACAGAGGACAGAGACUGGGGAGUGGGGUCAUGGAUGGGUGGGGGACAGGGGCUUCCAGGGGGACAGGCACGGUGGACUCGAGACUGUCAGUUUGUGUGGCUAUUUACUGAGCAGUGAGAGGAGUUGUAUUAGUCGCCGACAAAUGUACCUCCCUUUGCUGGCUAUUUAUCCAAUCAGGUGGGAAGUUGAGCGUACCAAUCACAAGGCUUCUAUCAUUUCUUACCUUGCGAUUUGGAGUUUGUUGACUGUGGCAACACAUUUGUUGCAGAGGUACCCUGAAAGAGGUAGUUCUUGCAUGUAUUUUUGAUGGUUUCAGACCUGUCAAUUUGUCUGUAUAAUUUUUUCCCUAAACUGAGUUGCACAGUGAGCAAACCUUUGCGGGCGUCAUCUUUGUUGGCACUGGCAAGCUUGGUUCUAACGGCUUAUCUGAUUGGCUACUGUGAAAAGGCGGAGCCAGCAAAGGGAGGUAAUACAAUUAUCAUGCCAUAGAUGCAUCCAGGGUACCAUUAAAAUUUAUCGGAUCGUAUACCCUGGAUUAUCGAGGAUGUAGUCCAAUGUGAAGUAUAUAAAACCUGUAAGCAUUCAGGAAACAUAUCAUAAAUCCUUGGUGUUAUUAAAUUAAUCAGGACAACCAAUUGCAAAUUCUUUUCCAAAUAAUUAGCAUUUAUAUGCACGUUUAUGUGUGCCCCCUAGCCACUUUUCCUAAAAGCUGAAAGCACAUGCAUGGUAAUGACUGAUUUUUCACUUAUGUUGUUAUUUUGUUAUAAUAGGCACAGAAAUAUACAUUUAUUUUACAUGUUUUAACUGAGAUUAUGUAUUGGUGUAAGCCAGGAGUCGGUUGGUCAGUUACAUGCCAGUGUAGGUCAGAUUAACUUGUCAGUAACUAGACUGCUAUAUUGCCAUCCAUCACAUUUCAAACAAAAGUAGCUUAAAGCUCAUCAUUAACAAUCAAUUCUAUAUAUGCCUUACUAGUGUAUAUUUUCUAUAUCAUUUCUUCUGUGAGUUAUCAAGUGCUGUGAUUGGUUCUAGAUUCAGCCAUUAUAUUGCUUCUGUCGUGAAUGCCGGUCAGUAUUGUUGUAGAGUCUAGCUAAUAUAUCAUUUUGAAAUAUAUAUUUAUGCUUUUAAAACUUUUAGAACUUUCUUUGUGACUACUUCAAGAUGCAAGAAGCAUGGUGCUACAUGGAGUGCGUCAUAGUUGUGAUGCAAUGUUGAAACAGGUGUUGAUUACAAUAUAGCCAUACUUAAUGGAUAACAACUUCUUAUUUCAUGAGUACAACGUUUCGAUACAGAUGAUUGUACAAGAUACAACUUCAGUGGGUGCAACAUUUCGAUACAGAAUCUUGAACCAUUGUCACUGUCUUGUACUGUUGAAACGUUGCACUCACGAAAUGAAGAAGUUGUUAUCCAUAAAGUAUGGCUAUAUUGUAAUCAACACCUGUUUCAACAUUGCAAUUCCCCGCUUCUAAAAUGCCACUCACAGAAGCUGUUGAUUAUAUCUGCUUUAUUUUUCUCGAACAAAAUUAUUAACAUGGAGGUGUUCAAUCUAAGCUGUUAUUUUAUCAAAAUCAGAUAAUCAAAUAAAUAUCGUCAAACGUCAGUUCAUGCAAAGUGUUACCCUGACUUUGGUUCCAUGUUUGACUGGUCAUGGUGCCAUGAUGUAAGUGGUGAGGUGAUUGUAACUCCCAUACUUUAACACAAACAUAUGACACUCUUCCCUCUGAAGGUGUUUUGGACGACACCCUGGUCAACUGUGUGUGAUGUUUGACCUGUGUGACCGUAUGACCUGUGUAUGUGUGUCUGUGUGACCUGUAGAGGUGUUCAAGUCUCACUGGAUCUUCUACAUGAGUGUCUAAUGUGUGUUGUAUGUGAAAUCAAAACAGCAAACUGUGAUAAGUGUUAGAUGUACAACUUUGUCAUCAGGUACUCAGGUACCAUUGUGUCACCACGUAUCAGUGCAGGUGUCAAUAUUUACCAUUGUGUCAUCAGGUAUUAGUACAGGUGUUGAUGUGUACCAUUAUCAUCAGGUAUCAGUACAGGUGUUGAUGUGUACCACUGUCAUCAGGUAUCAGUACAGGUGCUGAUGUGUACCACUGUCAUCAGGUAUCAGUACAGGUGUCAAUGUGUACCACUGUCAUCAGGUAUCAGUACAGGUGCUGAUGUGUACCACUGUCAUCAGGUAUCAGUACAGGUGUCAUGUGUACCACUGUCAUCAGGUAUCAGUACAGGUGUUGAUGUGUACCACUGUCAUCAGGUAUCAGUACAGGUGUUGAUGUGUACCACUGUCAUCAGGUAUCAGUACAGGUGUCAAUGUGUACCACUGUCAUCAGGUAUCAGUACAGGUGUUGAUGUGUACCAUUGUCAUUAGGUAUCAGUACAGUGGUUGAUGUGUACCACUGUCAUCAGGUAUCUGUACAGGUGUAUGUGUACCAUUGUCAUAAUGUAUCAGUACAGGUGUGUACCACAACUGUCCUCAGGUGUUAAUACAGGUGUUGACAUGUAUUAUUGUCAUCAGGUAUUGAUACAGGUGUUGACAUGUAUAAUUCUCAUCAGGUAUUGAUACAGGUGUUGAUGUGUACAAUUGUCAUCAUAUAUUUAUAUAGGUGUUGAUAUGUAUAAUUGUCAUCAGGUAUUGAUACAGGUGUUGAUAUGUACAAUUGUCAUAUAUUUAUGCAGGUGUUAAUGUGUAUAAUUGUCAUCAGGUAUUAAUACAGGUGUUGAUUUGCACCAAUGUCAUCUUGUAUAAUUAAAGGUGUUGAUGUGUACAAUUGUCAUCGUUCAUCAAUACAGGUGUUGAUUUCCACUAUUGUCAUCAGUUCUCACAGCAUGCAUCAGGAUUUUUUUGUACAGCUGAGUGAACGCAUAUUAGCAAAUAGCCCUUUGAUAUGGAUAACUUAUAUAUUGAUAAAAGCAAAUAUGUAAAUGCUAGUUCUCAUUGGCUAGUGUGUGCACAUUAUCAGAUACUAGUAUGGAUCAAGUAAGACAGUUUGCAAAUCUAUCAUAUCUUGGGUUUCCUUAUGCAGGAGCAGUGAGUGAGUGAGUGAGUGAAUGAAUACAAUGGCAAUUUUACAGGUAUUUGUUCAGCAUUGUUUCCUCCUUGAUGUAAGUGUUAUAUGAGGACUUGUACAUACUUGAUUGUGGAAGUAAAGAUUUACAUUCAAA